AUGACCGAAUUUUCACAGUCACUGCAGCUUGGCGAGAACACUUUGGAAACAUUGGAACGACAGCUUGUGAAACCAUUUACGCCUCCAUCGGUUAACGCGGCGGAUCGACGCACAACUCGAUCAUCACAGGGUCAGCGGACAAAUUGGCAAAGUAGCACCGAAGAGGUGAUCGAGGAAUCACCAACAAAUGUGAAAGGUUCGGCAGAACUCUCCCGGCAGCGCAGUGUUCGGGAACGAUUGCAGAUCAUUUCCACUCAGAGCAGGACACGCAAAACUAGCAAACGAACAACCAAGCGUACAAACUCCACAGUCGCCGGAAGUCAGUGUAAAGACCAACAGGUUGUUGGUGCUACCAGUAAGGAUGGACAAUCUUCGUCCCAUGUCGGAGAAAAGGAAAACAUACCGGACGGUUUUGUACCCGGGCUGCCGUUGGGAUGCCCAGAGGGUGGCAUCAAGUCUCGUACAAACAAAGCCCUAGUUGAUUCGUUUUCACGAGCAAUAGAAUUGAACUGCGUUUCUGGGGACGAUGAUCCGUCCCCAGAAAAGAUGGCUCGCAUAAGUAAUAAUGAGUACGAUGAUCUGUUCCAGAGCAGCAUCUUUUCGGUGGAUGCAGCACGCAGUCAAACACUUCAAUUAAAUCAGGAAAAUCCCAAAGAAGCAAGCUAUCACACUCUGUUUGAUCAAAGCGACUUCACUCUCGAUAAGUAUGAUCGAACAACGCCUGGUCAAUUGCCUCCCGAGCCUACUGAGACUGAACAUCCUUUGCGGUCAUCACUUGCCAUGAUGAGCAUGAGCGAAAGCGAACAGGAAAUUUUCAGUGAAACAGUUUUCGAUCGUGCUAUCUCUAGUGAUCUUAUGAUCGAGGAAGGAGAAGAGCAUACGGGCCUGGAGGAAUCCUUACGCGUAACAGACUCGGCAAACGAUACGAUCGAGGAUGUAUUGUUGAACAUUGAGAAUGUCACAUUUUCCCAACCACUGGGUCCGAUAGGAUCAGGGAUGUAUCGUCAACAUCCGAGCAGUGAACAGUCGAAUGAUGUCCUCGAUUUAAUCGAAUCCGAUAAGACCGGCAGCGGCCAAACGGUUCAAGCAAUGUUGACGACAAUCCGAAACACUAACGAUAGUGUUAUCUUGUCUGAAAAUUGCAAUCGAACGCAAAGUACCAGUUUGGUUAAGGAACCUCGAGAGCAUCUCGACUGUAGUAUGAGCUUCGAUAAUUCGAAUGAUUUGCGAUCACUUGCAAGCUGGGGUCUUCCGACUACUGUUACGGAUGAAUACGCCAAGAAGGGGAUUGUUGAAUUGUUUCAAUGGCAAGUGGAUUGUUUGUCACAGAAAGAGGUUCUUUUGGAAGGCAAAAACCUUGUUUAUAGUGCGCCAACAUCGGCCGGUAAGACGCUGGUGAGCGAAUUCCUCAUGGCUAAAACGAUUGCCGAACGAAAGUUGAAAGUUUUGCUGAUCUUACCAUUUGUGGCUGUUGCGCGUGAAAAGAUGCUCUACCUUAGGGACCUUCUAGCAUCGAGUGGGAUGCGUGUGGAAGGGUUCUACGGAGGUUAUCAUCCACCUGGGGGCUUCGAGUCGGUCGAUCUUGCAGUCUGCACGAUUGAGAAAGCCAAUUCCAUCGUAAAUCGGCUGCUGGAGCAAUCAAACCUUUCCUCGCUCGGGAUGGUGGUAGUAGAUGAAGCCCAUCUCAUUUCCGAUCCAUCGCGGGGUUACAUACUGGAGCUGCUGCUAACAAAGAUCCGUUUCGUGGCCAAACAGAACGAGCAUCGAAUACAAGUUGUCUGCAUGUCGGCCACAUUGCCCAACAUCGAUCUGCUCGCUCGAUGGUUGGAGGCUGAACUCUUUCAUACCGAUUUUCGUCCCAUCGAGUUGGUGGAAAUGAUAAAAAUUGGAAAUACCAUCUUCGGAGCCGCACCGACUGAGGGAGCAGGGCAGGCUUUACGGGUGAUCGAUGGCACUUUGUUGGGUUGUCCGAUACCCAACGAUCCUGACCACGUGGCCCUCCUAUGCCUGGAAACGAUUCUCGAAGGAUGCUCAGUAAUAGUAUUCUGUCCCUCGAAAGACUGGUGUGAACAGUUGGCUAUUGCACUCGCCAGUACACUUCAUGGCCUGCGAAAGGAAUCGCAUCCUCACCGAGAGCUGAGCGAAAGGAUAAAGGGACAGUUUGAUGGAGACCGACUGGAGGAAGUUUUGCUGCAACUUCGCAACUGUCCUGCGGCGUUAGAUAGCGUUCUGGAGAAAACUGUAAGGUACGGUGUCGCAUUCCAUCACGCCGGGUUGACAACGGACGAGCGGGACAUCAUCGAGGCGUCCUUUCGGGACGGUGCGCUGAGGAUUAUCGUUGCCACCAGCACGUUAAGCAGUGGCGUGAAUCUUCCUGCACGGCGUGUCAUUGUACGAACACCCAAAUUCGGUGGCCGCCAGAUGAGUGCCCUCACCUACAAACAGAUGAUUGGGCGAGCGGGAAGAAAAGGGCGCGAUACGUUAGGAGAAUCUGUGCUGAUCUGUUCCCCGACAGAGGAAAAGAUUGGUCGCGAGCUCGUAGGGACCGUCCUGCCUCCGGUUCGAUCGUGUUUGGAUAGUGAGAAUUAUACUCACCUAAAUAGAGCCGUGUUAGAAAUAAUUGCAUCGGGUAGUGCGAGCACCACGAAGCAAUUGGAAUCAUUCGUUAACACGACUCUGUACAGCUGCGAACGAGGGUAUCAAUUCGAAGUGGAUGAUCAACUAAUACUUAGUGCAAAACGAGAGCAGAAACAACCGCCCCAACCUCCUUCUAACGAUAAAGAUGAAAAGAGCGAAUCGGAUCCGAUCGCUUCAUGUAUAGAAUUUUUACUAGAGUACGAAUUUAUUCGACUACUAAAGGACGAUGCAGGAGCGACAGAAGAAAAAGAAGAUGCCAAGAUGGUUCACCUCUCUGCCACCCGCCUCGGCCAUGCGUGUCUUGCUGCGUCCCUCCCUCCAAAGGAUGGGUUCCUCCUGUUUAGCGAACUACAAAAAGCACGCCAGUGCUUUGUGUUGGAAUCGGAAUUGCACGCGGUCUACCUUGUCACGCCAUACUCGGUGGCGUACCAAUGGCAACAGAUAGAUUGGAUGGAUUUCCUCGACCUCUGGGAAAAGCUGCCGGUGGCUUCCAAGCGCGUCGGUGAGCUGGUCGGUGUGAAAGAAUCGUUCAUGGUACGGGCCAUGCGUGGCACCGGGAAUUUGGACUACCGUGCGCUACAAAUACACAAACGGUUCUACACCGCGCUAGCGUUGCUCGAGCUGGUCAACGAGGUGCCUCUGUGUACGGUCGCAAGAAAGUUCAAGUGUUGUCGAGGAUUGCUGCAAAGUCUGCAGCAAAUAUCAGCCACAUUUGCCGGCAUCGUGACGUCUUUUUGCCAUGCGCUCCACUGGACGUUGGUGCAGCUGAUCGUAAGCCAGUUCCGAGAGCGUCUGUUUUUCGGCGUCGCACAUGAGCUGUUGGGUUUGAUGAGAAUACCUUCCCUGAACGGACAAAGGGCUCGGUUGUUGUACGAUGGUGGCAUUCCCGGACUGGCGGAGCUCGCUAACGCCGAUCGGUUGACGGUCGAGAAGAUCCUCUACAAUCGUACCAGCUUCGAAGCGGAGCGAUUGCGUGAAAAUGAAAACGAGUACGAUGCAGCCAGGCGCAAAAAUCUACGUAAUCUGUACCUCACCGGGCGAGCCGGUAUGACGGUAGAGGAAGCGGCUCGGUUGCUUAUACAGGAAGCGCGUACCUUUCUCCAGCUAGAGCAUGGAUUAGAAAAUCCCAAUUGGACAACCCAAGACGAGGCAGUCAAAACGUCUACUACACCGGCGGAAACUUCAACAGUGACGUCGACUAACUCUGUUGAACAGCAAUCUAAAAGGCAAGACCAAUCAUCCAACAGUGUCCUCUCUCGGGUAGAUUCUUCGGUGGGUUGCUCGGGGCAGUUCCACAACUCGCUUCUGAUGACCGAUCUUGUACGACCCGCAGACAAUGACGAUCGCUACCCGAAGUCUCUUCGAAUCGUGGAUGUUUGUGCUGAUCGCCUCGAUUUCGAACAAUUUCUCAAGACCGUUAACGAGUACGAUCGCAUGUCGGUUGCUUGCGGUGUUGCACGGGACGAAAGUGUUCCACCUGAUAGUGCAGGGGAUGUUAAAAUUGGGGGCCACCUUCUGAAGAAGGUUCCACACGCUGCGGUGGCGUUCUAUGGAAGACACAGCAAGCGAUCGUUUACUUUCGAUUGUGAUCUCUACCUGGCCGGUGUUGGCAUCACGGGUUGUAAGGUUGGACAGCCGAAAGACGACACCGUGUACUACAUGGAUUUGCAAAACGGCACAGUGAUCGGUGACGAGGAAAAACGGCAAACAAUACGAACAUUGCUCCAGAAGGAGGGGCUUUCCGUCACGCUGCUAGACGCCAAGGAUCAAGUGAAGGUAUUCUAUAACGCUGGUUUGCUCCGAAGCGUUGGCGUUUUGGAGGAAGUUCUCGCCACAGUACAAGACCCGCGAGUAGCUUGCUGGUUGAUGCAGACGGAGGAGAAAACGUUGACGGUGGAAGCCAUGAUUGCGCGACACUGUCCCGGGUUGCAACACGCAGAGCUCAGGUGGACCGGACAGCGCUGGAUAUCACCGAAAUGGAUCGGCUACGGGAUGAAUCAUCACAGCCCCAUCGAUGCCAAACAACGGUGUGCAGUAGAAUGUCUUCUUGUCGAUCACCUGAUGGAAUCGGUACUCGAUCGACUCGCAGCAGACGGUGGUGAAACGCUCCUGACGUGCUUUUCAUCCAGAGAGAUGCCCGUCCAGCUGGCCCUGGCCCGUUGUGAACUGGACGGAUUUCCGGUCGAUCGGCCGAAGCUCUGCGCGCUGAUUGCACACCUUAAAGCGUCCCGCGAACGGAUUGCAGAGGACGCACGCAAACUAAACGGCAACCGACGGCUCGAUUUUGGAUCAUCACGUGCGGUGGCCAUUGCCUUACGGCUAGCCGCAGCCGGCGAGAAUAGUAAGCGGGUCCGCACGACACGGCAAACCCUCGAACGCCUUGAUUCACCUUUGGCGGCGCUGGUGAUUGCGUAUCGCAAGAUCGAGAGUAAUCUGACGCGCACGAUCGAGCCUCUCUACCGUACGAUUUGCCCGCGAACGGGCCGCAUUCAUGGGCGCAGCUUCUGCUACACUUCGACCGGGCGAAUCACGAUGCACGAACCAAACCUGCAGACGGUGGUGAAAGACUUUGAUGUGCCCUGUUCCCCGAUUGCGGAGCGAUUUAGCUGCCGAAGCACGUUCAUCUGCAGCCAUCCGGGCGUGGUGUUGCUGUCGGCCGACUUUUGCCAACUAGAGCUGUGCAUCCUCACGCACCUUUCGCAGGAUCGCCGUCUAAUGGAAGCAUUGAGCAAUGAUUCUAAGGGGAAAAGAGAUGUCUUUCGAUCGCUUGCCGCUCGGUGGAACCGACUAGACAAGGAAGCGGAUGUAUCCGAAGAGCUACGGAAUCGCACCAAGGCGAUUGUAUACGGCGUUAUCUACGGUAUGGGCGUGCGGUCAAUGGCAGCCGAGCUGCAGAUCGAUGAAGAUGCUGCUCGAACGCUGAUGGAGCAAUUUCAUGCGUCCUACCCGGACAUCCGGCGCUACACGGAGCGGGUCGUGCAAUUAACCCGACAGCUCGGCUACAUUGAGACGCUAACCGGGCGCAGACGCUACCUGCCCGCCAUCAACAGUCCUGACAGUAGCGAACGGGCCGAGGCGGAGCGGCAGGCCGUAUGCACCACGAUCCAGGGCUCUGCCGCCGACAUCCUCAAGAACGCGAUCGUGCGCAUGGUACGCAAUCUGCGCAAGUACCGUGACGUGCUUGAUCUCAGUACGAUCCGGCUAGUGUUGCAUUUACACGACGAGCUCAUCUACGAAGUACCGCGCGGUCAGCUUCCCAAGGUCGCCAAAAUACUCCGUUCGAGCAUGGAGAACUGCGCCAAGCUGAGCGUUCCGUUGCGGGUGAAACUGAAGGCUGGAAGCAGCUGGGGAAAACUAGAAGAAUUGUCAUUGUGAAAAAGCAGGACUGCGAGGAGGUGUGGACGUUACUUUGUUAACAGUGUGUAUAGUUUUCGAUUAUUGAAAU